GGGGAAGCGGACCAAAGUCCAAACAAAGCGUUGAAUCAUAAAACUUAUAAUUAUUAUUCGUCGUCAUUCGCUGUAGUUACAAGCAUCGUAUAUAUUUUCUAAUUAAUAGUCAGUUUACUUCAGUCAGUUGCUUGAAUCGCGUUGGACAAGUAAUUAUAAGUAUAGAUUUUCGUCUUGUUCGUAUUUUAGAAAGUUUUUUACCAGUUUACAAAAGUUUUGAAGAUGGCUACAGAAGUGAGCGCCCCAUCGAUGCCGCAGCUGCAGUCCGUGCAGAAGGCGAUGGCUCUGCCCACCGUGGGGGCUGCCGUCGGACAGGUUGGAGCUUUCUACACUAAAGUUAAGGGAGCACAUUCUCUCUUAGAAUGGGCACUAUCCACGGCCGAAGCUGGUGUAUACGCCGCCGCAAAUACAGCAGCACCCUACGUAGCAGCCCCCCUGGCUGCCGGAGAUGUCAGAAUGGCCGCAGCCCUGGAUGAGCUGGAGCGCCGCGUGCCACUCGUCGCGGAGCCCCCCAAAGUCAUCGUGGAGACCACCAAACAGGCAGUCAUGUCUAGAAUCUCGCCACAUGUCAACAAGGUAUUCACAGCUCGCGUAGCCGCGGAACAGCGCGUGCACUCCCUAAAGGAACUCUCCUGGGCCAAGGCCAACGCCCUUCUCUCAACAGCAUACGGCCAGAAGGCAGUUAGCAGCGUAGACGCCGGAGCCAUGUAUGCGAUGCAGCUCUUAGACCACUACCUCCCAGCGGUUGGAGCCCAGGAAGAAACCAGCAACGAAAUUGUAGCGGUGAGCAACGAUCCCGCGCUUCACACCGUGCAGACUGUGGGCCGGCUGAGCGCAGUCGCCGCGAGACGUGUGUGGGCCAAUCUGGCGUAUAAAGUCAACGAGCUUAGGAAUUCAGGUGUGGAGUUGGAUGUGCGCCGCUACAUCACGGCCCUCCUGGCUGCCUUACAUCUCGCCAAAGUGACCAGCGAGCAACGGCAGAGAGAACAAGAGGAACAAGCCAAAGAGAAGCCCCAAACCGCAGAGCCUGCGCCCCCCGCCCCCGCUCCUCCCAAGAACAGCCAGGACUCCGCGCCCACCACCGCCAACCAAGUCAAGGCUACCCCAGAGUCCAAAUCUACAGAAACUUCUAACAAUUAAUUCUAAAAAAUCAUAUUUUUCUAAUAUUAUAUUUUGUAUGUAAGCUGCAGGCAGGAUGCUAUUUUUAGCGCGUUGUUGCACUUUUCAGUGAGCGAUAUCGCAACCUCCUUGCGUAGCGAUACGGAAUGAGGUCGGUACAGUCGCUGCACUAUGUCGCGCUAGAGACGGCGUCGUGCUUGUCAUUAGUUAGGCUCUCAGCCACAAUGCCGGUAUACAGGCUGUACCGACGUUGUUAUGGCGCAUUUAAUUAAGUGAAAUCAUUUAAUGUAUUUCUAUUUACUAAAGACUGUCAAUAUGUCUUCAAUUUUGAAUUAUUUAUCGCUUUUAUACGGCAUAUUGUAAUAAAACUAUUUUGUAUCGUGAAGCGAGAUUUAAAUCGCACUAUAAUAAAAGAUUUUAUAUUAAAAUAAAA